UUCCCUCUAACGUGGACAUAAAUAGACUUUUAAACAAAUAGCAACUUCCGUGUCUAGCUCAAAAUACUCUCCAUUUUCUCCAAACAAUUUCCGACCAACGAUGAAGAUCAUGGUAGCGAUCAAACGUGUCGUUGAUUACGCCGUCAAAAUCCGAGUAAAACCGGACAAGAGUGGAGUAGAGACCAAAAACGUGAAGAUGUCAAUGAACCCAUUUUGUGAAAUAGCAUUAGAAGAAGCUUUAAGGAUUAAACAAUCCGGUUUGGCUUCUGAAGUGGUGGCAGUUAGUAUUGGGCCGGUUCAAUUUACGGAGACUUUAAGAACCGGUUUAGCUAUGGGAGCAGACCGGGCAAUUCAUGUUGAAGCAACUGAGAAUAUAUAUCCACUUACAAUUGCUAAGAUUCUUAAAGCUCUUGUUGAUGUUGAAAAGCCUGGUCUUCUUCUUCUUGGCAAACAGGCAAUUGAUAAUGAUCAAAACCAGACAGGUCAAAUGGUUGCAGGACUUCUCAAGUGGCCACAGGGAACUUUUGCCUCUAAGGUUGUGCUCGACAAAGAGAAACAGGUGGCUACAGUAGACAGAGAAGUUGAUGGUGGUAUUGAGACAUUGUCUUUGGAUUUGCCUGCAGUAAUCACCACUGAUUUGAGGCUGAACCAGCCAAGAUAUGCAACACUCCCGAACAUAAUGAAAGCAAAGUCGAAGCCAAUAAAGAAAUUCACACCACAGGACUUGAACGUGGAGAUCAAAUCCGACUUUGAAAUAGUUGAAGUAACCGAACCUCCUAAAAGAAAAGCAGGUCUCAUACUUUCUUCUGUGGAUGAGCUGAUUGACAAGCUGAAGAAUGAAGCGCGUGUAAUUUGAGUGUACCAGCAGUUGUUUGCUGCUGCAUUUUCAUCUCUCGCACUGAUUGACAAGGUGAAGAAUGAAGCACGCGUAGUUUGAGUGUGUUAACAGUUGUUCACUACAGAUUUCAUGUCCUUUACACCAAAUGUUUCUCUUUUAAUCUUCCAACAAUGUAGCAUGUAAUAACAAUGAUCACAUAAUGGAAAAGAUCUCAUCUACUUUCUUUCAUUUCAAAUA